UUUACAGUUACCCAAACGUUUGACAUCCAGUUUUGAGUGCCUGCAUCUAUGCUGUCAUGGUUUACAUCACCGACUUCCCUCAGGAACUUCAUUAGUGUCUUGUGAUGGCAUUCAAGAUGACUGGGAUCAAGUACCUGGCUUGUCUGUGGCUCAUCACACAGACUGGAUGUGUAUGCAGUGACAUUCAGUUCUUGGAGAGGCAUGAGGGGGAGUCCGUUGUUCUUCCCUGCGCGGUUGAGCAGAGAAACCCGGCGCCCUUCAGUGUCUACCUGAAGCGCAGCUGGCUGAAUCCCGGUGAAGUGCUGUUCAUGUACACCAAAAAGGAGUUCAGUGUGGGUAAUGAUGACGACAAGAACCGCACCAGCGUCAGCGGAGACCCGAGCAGCCACUCUCUGAAUGUGACCAUCUCUCAGCUGAGGGUCAGUGACACAGACCGCUACUACUGUGAGUUUCUUGUGGAAAACCGUUUCUCUGAAGACGAACAGCUGCGUGGAAAGACUGAAUUCUUCCUCCUUGUUGGUGCCGACGCCCCUGGGACGGUGAACAUAGGGUUGGUAGAGACGUGCGCUGGGGGCUCGGUCUUGCUCCCCUGUCUCCCCCCGCACGGGGAGGGCUUGGCCGUGGAGGGGGUGAGUCUGAAGCGGCAGAGGGACCGGGAACCUGUGGAGGUGUUGUACCACUCAAAGCGUCACCACAGCAGCCGCCAUCAGUCCUCUUCCCAGUUCCCAGUUGAGAAGGUCCAGUUGUCCUCGGCGCCCGGCCCCGGCGGCAUCACCUACAACCUCACCCUGCAGCAGCUGCAGCCAGACGACAGCGCCCUGUACAGCUGCCAGCUGCUUCAGCGGGGCAGGCCCGAGAGCGCCACCAGUCUAGGGAGACAAGUAUUCUUUGUUUCUGUGCAAGGAGGUCGGUGUGGCUGCUCCAGCUACUCUACUCUGCUAUAUGCUUUGUCCUCAGCCGUGGCCGUUCUCUUCCUCCUGCUCCUCCUCGGAUUUCUGGUGAUUUAUCGCGGCAAAGCACGCCGCAGUGUCAAGUCACACCCUCAGGCCCCUAUCUAUGAGGAGAUGACCGGAGUGAAGCCUCUCAGUCAAAAACUGGCCCCUUGCCAUCUGGAGGAAAUGGAGUGCUCUGAGUAUGGAAACUGCCCUGCGAAGAAAUCCUGUCCUCAAAACCAUUAUGAAAGCCCCAGUGGGGCCCUCUGCCCCAGGAGUGUGUCUCAGAAAUGAAAUAUGAGACCUUCUCACCAACAUCAUGAACUAGACCAACUUAACAACUCAGCUGCCUGAAACUCACUGGACUCCAGUUAGCACCAGAAGUUUCUUCAACAGAUUUUAACAGCAAAAAGUCUCCUAAUACAGUUUCUUUUUAUAAUCUCAUGUAUAUGAGUCUGUUGAUAGUUUGAAAGAGUGUUUAUACUGGGGCAUUACCUUUCUUAAUGUUGGCUGCCAAUGGGGUGGAUGACGUGUGAAAAUCUCCCUUCACAUUUAUAUCCCAAUGUUGAUAUGUAAUACAUUUUCUGGAAAACAGAAAAGGUCCCCUGUGGAGUUUUUUAGCAAACAUACAUUAUUUAGCCCACUGUCAGCGGAAGUGGUUUGGACCAAACAACAGAAACACUGGUCACAGUACAGUUCAACAGCACCGCAAACUACCUCCCCUAAAAUGUCCAUUAAGUUGAAUCAACACCUCUCUAAAACAGUUUUCAACAAAAACUGAACAUUAUAUCAUUCAUGAAGGCAGGAUUAGAACUCAAUUAGUUUUAGAAAGGUGUACCUAAUAAAUAGAAAUAAAGUAUACAUUGUUUAAAUCCAUGCUUGCUAGCUGUCUUCUUUCUUGCAUUUCAUAGCACAUUAAUCCACUGAUCGAAAGUUUGUGGCAGUAGUGUAAGGGGUGAGUUGUGCUCAAAUAGAACUAUUUCAUACAGCAUGUCAGAAAGCAAGUGUGUUUACAGUUGUUUUGAAUAGCCUCACUCAAAUGAGGGGUGAAAAGCGAUAUUGUUUUAAUAUGAGGAUAAUUGUGCACAUUUUCAGACAUUCACACUUGUUUGUAAAAGUGGUUCUUACGAAGUAUACUGGCAUCUUAAAAACAGUCAUGACAUUACAUGGGCGACUUGUACACAAGAUUACUAAGAAAAAGGGAAAAACUGCACUACUAGGGGCCAUAAAACUCCACUGGGUACCUAGAAAUAUUUGACAAAUCAAAGUACAAUAUCACAUUGAUGCUUAAAUUAUAUAUUUCCAUAAAGCAUAUUUACUUAUGGAUUUGCAACAUUGUCCACAGUGACCUAAUACAACCAGCAAUAUGAAAGGGAUAACAGAUUUGUCACCUCACUGUAUAUACUAUCAUCCCUCCUUUAAUAUACUGUAUGUUACUGUACUGUACUAUUUUUUGCCUCGCUACUGUUCUUAUAUUUAGCAUGCAUUAAAAUAAUGAAAAUGCUUUAAAAUCAUUGUAUCAUUGGUGAAGCAAACUAGGAGAUUAUUAAAAAAAGGGGACAAGACACCCAAUAACA